AUAUCUUGUAUAGUGAUAGUUUAUCUACUAUCUGCUGCAGGACUCUAGUUCUAGUGACAGUAGGUGUGGAGGUCUGAUAAUAAUGAUUAUGUUACUGAUAUUAAUGCUAAUAAUGUUUCUCAUUCUGCUGCUGCUGUUUAUUCUGCUGCUAAAUUAGAUAUAUCUUGUAGGUAUUUACCUGAGACUAACAGAGAACUCUUAUCUACAUGUGAUCACAUAAAAAUAGUAAGGGAUCGAGGAUACUACCUUGAGGAACCCCCACAUUUAAUUUUUUUUAGGCACAGGUACAUGUGCAUUAUCCACUAGGAUAACCCAACAACAUUGUAUCAAUCGCAUCUGCUAGAAAAAUGACAGGAUGGAUAAUGAGAACCUUCAAAACUAGGGAGGCCAAGCCCAUGAUGACACUCUUCAGGUCACUUGUUCUAUCUAGGCUGGAAUAUUGCUGCACACUAACAGCACCUUUCAAGGCAGGUGAAAUUGCCGACCUAGAAAAUGUACAGAGAACUUUCACGGCGCGCAUAACGGAGAUAAAACACCUCAAUUAUUGGGAGCGCUUGAGGUUCCUAAACCUGUAUUCCCUGGAACGCAGGAGGGAGAGAUACAUGAUUAUAUACACCUGGAAAAUCCUAGAGGGACUAGUACCGAACUUGCACACGAAAAUCACUCAUUACGAAAGCAAAAGACUUGGCAGACGAUGCAACAUCCCCCCAAUGAAAAGCAGGGGUGUCACUAGCACGUUAAGAGACCAUACAAUAAGUGUCAGGGGCCCGAGACUGUUCAACUGCCUCCCAGCAUACAUAAGGGGGAUUACCAACAGACCCCUGGCAGUCUUCAAGCUGGCACUGGACAAGCACCUAAAGUCAGUUCCGGAUCAGCCGGGCUGUGGCUCGUAUGUUGGUUUGCGUGCAGCCAGCAGCAACAGCCUGGUUGAUCAGGCUCUGAUCCACCAGGAGGCCUGGUCUCAGACCGGGCCGCGGGGGCGUUGACCCCCGGAACUCUCUCCAGGUAAACUCCAGGUAAUAAUAACCAGGGGCUUACACCUUCCAUAUUAAAUGUCAUCCAUUUUUUUUUUAUAUUUUCCUUAAAUUUACAAUUUAAAUUAAAAAUUUUAAAUUUAUUUUGAAAUUUGUGUUUGGAUUUAAACUUAAAUUUAACGUCAAAUAUUAAAUUUAAAUUUAAUAUACUGCAGAAAAAUAAAUAAAUUUAUAUUUGUAUAAGAUUUAAAUUUAAGAUGUGGUGAGGAAGGCGUGGAAAAAAAGUCACAGAAAAUAAAUCACAAUUUUGGCUAGGAAAAAAGGUCACUGGAAAAUAGUCACAUUUUAUUUAGGUUAGAUUAGGCUGUGACUUUUAUCUAUGACUCAUUUUUGGUGACUUUUAUCUAUGACUCUUUUUUGGUGACUUUUUUCCGUGACUUUUUUUCCUGACCUUUUUUUUCUGGAUAUGUGAGUAUGAGCGUCCCUUAACAACCUCUACAACAUGGAGACGAAGGUGAUGGACGGUGCUGCUCAACCUGUGUGGCUUCUUGAGGCUGUAUAUCCCAUCCAUGACGCUAAAACUGAGACCGUGUACUUGAAUUGUGUGAGUCACGCUGGCCCAGAAUUAUCUGAAUCGACAAGCCUUGGUACAUCCGUGGGGACCUCUGAGGCAACUACCUUUCAGCCAGCACCUGUUAACACUAAAUGGUACAUUUUUGUCAAGCGGUGAACUAUAUAGACUACUUUCUGCCUCUUCAAAUGAAAUAGUCCUGCGAUCUGUCCCAAAAGGCUUAAAGGAGAACUGCUACUUUCUGGUGGACAACAAGGAUAAUGUGAAGCGUAGAGUGGUAGGCAGAAGGAGUGAGUUUCCUGAUGACUGUGGUGUGUGGGAAGCAAAGAGUGCCAGCACUACAAAGACCUAUUAUGAAUUAGUGAAUGAAAAUCUAUUGUGUGUUACUAUGCGAAAUGAGAAAUAUUGCCGACUGAAGCAAAAAAAGUGGGUGCCAGUGAAUCCCCAGCCUUCUCAUAUUGUAACAUUAAUCAGAUUUUAUAGCAAGCUUAAACGUGACCAUAGUUUCCAGAAACGUGUUACCUGGUUAGAAGGCACAGAUACUGCUGUAUGGGAGUAUUUAGGCAAGUUUCCAACUUGUGUGUCAUAUCAUGGUAAUACCAAGAAUAAUUUUCGAGAAUAUGUUCGAACAGAUCCUAAGAUUCUGAGUGCUAUAGCUGACAAAGUUCACUCAAAGACACCACAACAAAUUUACAAUGACUUCCUAGAGGAGGAUUCCACUAAUGCUCCCCGUGACACUAAACAGAUCCACAGUGUAAAGUACAAACUACUAAAGGCAUCCAAUACAGAGGGAAUUAAUAAAAAGAAUCACAUGGCCUAUGCUCAUCCUGUGCUAAACAUGUUAAAUAAAAAUCCUUUUGUCCAGUAUGUAACAUCUGGUAGUGGGAAUCCACUCAGUGUGAUUCUGUACACUGAGGAUCAAAUAGAAGACAUAAAAAGGUUCUGUUGUGAUUGUGAUGAAACUUCAGUAUUUGGCAUGGACAAAACUUAUGACCUUGGUUCAUGUUUUUUAACCCUAGGAGUAUUCAACAACAGAGCGGUGAUUCGAAAGUCAUCAGGAGAGCAUCCGGUGUUUCUUGGUCCAGUAUAUUUGCAUUGGAAUAGAUCAUAUGAAACAUACUUUGAUUUUUUCUCCCAUCUCAAGUCCAAACAACUUAAUCUUGGUAAUUUGGUUUUGGGCUCUGCUGAGAAGACCAUGGUGUCAGCAGCAGUGUCUUGCUUUCCUGAAGCUGAUCGUAUUUUAAACACACGACAUAUUGAAAAAAAUUUGAGAAGACAUCUUAACGAGAAAAUUGAUCUGAGUUCAAGUGAACUAAAGUGUGUUGAGGAUGAGCUACUUUUCAGUGAUGAUGCACUGAUCAAGUGUGAUGAUGAAUUUGAUUUCUACAGGAAAAGCCUCGACCUUGAACUCAAAUACGAGCAAGCCUUGCCUGUACUUGUUCCAUACUUUCAGAAUAAACUUGUUCCUGCUAUGCAGAGAAUGAUCGAAUCAAGGCAGAGGAAAACCUGUCUUCCCAAAAAGUGGAUUAAAUGCUGUGAAGCCAUGAAGCUCGUCAUGAAACUAAUAAGGAUGAAACAUCAGAAUGUACCUGACAUGAUUGGCAAGCUGCACACCAUUGUACGUCUCCAGUAUAUGGAUGUUCGUAGGGCUCUUCAUGACCAGGGAAGUUGCACCAUCUCCAGUGACUUCCAGCAUCAUGUAAUAUCUGAUAUCCUUUGGGCUUCUAAAACCUCAGAAGAAAAAAAUCAAGCAUAUUGGAAAUUCAUGAAAAGUAAGAUUGUAGUUGAAAAAGAGAAAUAACUCGGUUGCCAGAAAAUUUGUGAUGAGGAAAUGUCAAGCCCUGGUUAUGUGUAGUUAUAUUUGCUACUAGUGCUACUAACUUCUGUACAUUACUUCAUAUGCUAAAUCCCUACACAAUAUUUAUAGUUAAAUAUUACAUGACAAUAUACAGUAUUGUAGUAUAGUGAUAACUUACUUUUGUAGUAUGAAGGUAUUUGGUAAAAUUAACAAGUGAUGAGCACAAAAUACAAGUCACAGUUGGAUCUUUUCACAGAAUGUAGGGAACAAGGAAAAAUACCAAGGAAUGUGAGAGUUUUAUGUUUAGGACACAAAGUAUAGUGGAUUAAGAUAUCCAUUGAAACAUGAGAUACCUUGUCAGUGAUGGCACUGGCAUUUUUUCUUUUAUUUUCAGGAUAUUCUUUAUGCUCAUCUUUUAAGGCAGGUGAGAUGAUCAUUUCUUAAGAACCAUUGGUAUAGUCUCAAAGCACACUUGGAAUUAUUAUAUUUGCUGGAUUAGCGACAAGACAGAUUUGUAAUAUACACGUGUCAACAACCUAGCGACUAGGGUCAAAAAGGUCAAGAGGAAUAAACACUGAUAAUUAACGAUGCCAUCAGUACAGUUCAUAAAAACUUAUUAUUUGUACAUAAUUUCAACCUUU